GCGAGCAAGAGAGAAAGAGAGAGAGAGCCAGCCAGCCAGCGAGAGACUAUAAGUGGAGUUAGCUGUUCAAGCACACAACCAACCCACGGCACUGCAGAACUCACAGCAGCUAUAUUCCAUUCAAUCCUCAAAAUUUCAUUUAAGGGGAUUUUUCUUUCAAAUGUUGGCAAGAGGAGCCAUUUGUGGGUCAGCCCUGGAGAUGGAAGGAGCCUUUCUGCUGAGAGUUGAUUUCCAGUGUCUGGACUGAGUCUUGGGCCACAUGGUGUAAGGACCCCAAAUCCUAUGAAGGAAAUUGAAUACAUUAAUGAAGAAAACAGUAAGAGGACCAAGGGAUUUUAAUCUGCUGUGAUAGGAAAUGAGAAGCCCAAGGAUAUAAUCGCUUUGAGCUUAAAUUAUCAAGAAGACUGGCUUUCAUUACUGUGAAAUCGGCUGGAAUGUGUCCAACUGAAUGAAUGAAGACAGAGAACUGACAGCAAAAAAGUGAUACAUUUCUGUGGUGCACUGUGGUAUAAUUAAGGCAUCAAAUCUCAUUUUCCAAAGGUAUCCUCGGAAAAAUGUCAUAGGGUUAUCGAGUCAUAGAGUGAUACAGCACAGAUACAGGCCCUUCAGCCCAACUCGUCUGUGUCGACCAAGAUGCCAGUCUAAGGGUUUAUUGAUCAUGGAGCGCUUGAACAUCCUGGAUCUUCACCUUUCUGAAUGAGAAUCCAGAGACUGAACCAUUGUUAAAAAGAAUGGGCUUUUGAAAAGUGAAAAAAUCCCAGGAGUAUAUAAGAAAAACCUUGAUUCCUUCUUCACACAACUUUUAUUUGUCAAGUGCUUCCAUUUGUAAAAAGCAAUGAACAUAGAUAUGACUGGAACUGGUCCACUGCUGCUGGUUAUAUUUGAAACUAAUGGUUGCCACUAAUUACUCCUAGACUCUUGUCAAAGGUUAGCUGCUGUUUUCUCAAGAAUGGCCCCUGUUGGGCUGUGGGCUGUGAUUGUUCUAUUGAGCCAGCUUGGCAAAGUGUGUGGGGAUUGUUGGCUGAUCGAGGGAGAGAAAGGCUAUGUUUGGCUGGCCAUCUGCAGUCAGAACCAACCUCCUUACGAGACUAUACCUCAGCACAUCAACAGCACUGUGCUGGACCUCCGCCUCAAUGAGAACAAGCUGAAGGUUCUCCUGUACAGCUCCCUCAGUCGCUUUGGCAACUUGACUGAUCUGAAUUUGACGAAAAAUGAGAUCAGCUAUAUUGAAGAUGGAGCAUUUUUGGUUCAGUCAAACUUGCGUGUGUUACAGCUGGGCUACAACAAGCUGACAAACCUCACGGAGAACAUGUUUCGAGGUCUGACCAGGCUGGAAUACAUGUACGUCCAACACAACUUGAUUGAGAGCAUCUCAGUCAACAGUUUCUGGGAGUGCCCCAACCUCAUCAGCAUUGACUUGUCUGCCAACAAGUUGGCAAAACUGGAGGGCAACACCUUCACCAGCCUCAGUGGUCUCAUGGUGUGUGAGUUGGCCGGCAAUCCUUUCAACUGCUCCUGCGAGCUGGUCGGCUUUCUGAACUGGCUUGCCGAGUUCAACAACGUCACCAAGACCUAUGACCGGCUUCAGUGCGAGAGUCCGGCAGAAUACGCUGGCUACCCCCUCCUGAGCCCAAGGCCCAAUAGCCACCGGAAUGCCAUCACACUCCUAUCUUCCUCUUGUCGGAAUGGUGUGAAGAUCGUUCCGUUCUCCACGCCCAUGGCUUCCAAAGAUCCCGAAACCUACUCUUCGGGAAUUAACCCAGCAGAAUUCUCUUCAACGGAACCGAUUACAACAUUUACGCUGGACACUUCGAACAGCCCAACCAUCAAGCUGCAUCACGUGACCAUCACUGGGGCUACACUGGUGGUUCAGAUCCCUUCCCCUUAUAGCAGAAUGUACAUCCUCGUCCAGUACAACAAUAGUUACGUUUCUGAUGUCACAAAUCUUCGCAACAGGAAGGAAUACAUCAAGCUGGAGAAAUUGAAGGCUCUGACAGAUUACACCUUCUGCGUGGCUUCCAUUCAAAAGUCCCAGAGGUUCAACCAUACCUGCUUGACCUUUGCAACCAGAGGGCGAAUGAUAAGCCAGCCCUCCAAUUCUUCUACCACUACGCAUUACAUCAUGACCAUCCUGGGGUGUUUAUUCGGCAUGGUCAUUGUCCUGGGUGUGGUCUAUUACUGCCUGCGGAAAAGAAGGAUCCAAGAAGAAAAGCAGAAGUCCAUCAAUGUUAAGAAAACCAUCUUGGAGAUGAGGUAUGGUCCUGAAUCCGAGACCAGCAGCAUGAUACAUCAAAUGCAGAAGUUCCAUGAGCAGCCGAUUUCGGUAUCAAGGAUGUCCUCGUUGCCAUCCGUGUCGGGGGAUAAAGGACAAUUCAAGCCAAUGGACAUAAAUGAGACCCCCAAGACCGCCAAGGGCAACUAUAUCGAAGUCCGUACAGGGGAGACCUUGGAACGCAAGGAAGAGGAAGCCAAACAGACAGACAAUGGGCAAGGGUCAACUGCAGAAAUCUCUACCAUCGCCCAAGAGGUGGACAAGGUCAAUCAGAUCAUCAACAACUGCAUUGAUGCGUUGAAGUUGGAUUCUGCCGCCUUUAUAGGUACCGAUUCCGAGGUGUCCAUUGACCGUCAGAUCACACCCAGCACCUCCUCCUCCCAGCUGGAGAGGCCUGGUUUCCUCUCGCCCACCUACAAGGAAGGGGGUUACCCACUGCAGCGCCAGAGCAGCGCGGACGCAGCCCGGAAGCGUUGCAGUAUCUCAUCCAGCGGCUCCGGGAAGAGCACACGAGUCUUCAGCCUCGAUAUUCCCGACCCUCCUUCCAAGGCAGAGUCAAAAUACAUCGAGAAGAGCGCACCGGCCCCCACCUCAUUAAAGCGUCUUCCUUCAGUGGCAGCGGGAGAAAUCCACCAUCUGGAGGUACAGCAAACCUACCACUGCAGUGAGCAUCGCCACUCCUUCCCUGCCUUAUACUACGAAGAACAUGGGGACACUUUAAGCCAGAGGUCCGCGUUAUUAAAGCCACUCUCCCGAUCCAAAAGGGACUCUGCCUACUCCCAGCUCUCUCCCAGGCACCAGUUCUCUGGAUAUUCUUCCAGCCCGGAGUAUUCGUCGGAAAGCACUCACAAGAUCUGGGAGAGGUUCCGUCCCUAUAAAAAGCACCCUCGGGAGGAGGUGUAUAUGGCCGCUGGACAUGCCUUGCGAAAAAAAGUCCAGUUCGCUAAAGAUGAAGACUUACAUGAUAUUUUAGAUUAUUGGAAAGGUGUAUCUGCUCAACAGAAAAUGUGACUGGGCUCAAGACUGCAUUGAUAAGUUUACAGAAAACAAAAAAAAACAAAUUGUAGGGGUUAAUGGGUCCUUUUCAUUGAUUUAAUGUUUGGAUUUUCUCAUUUUCUAAGUCCAUAAAGUGCCCCCAAAACAUUGUCACCAGCUCUUGAUUUGCGAGCACCCUUCCCCCUUUGAUUGUCCAGCAAGUUUAGCCAAACAACAUGGGAAAUAGUAGCAGGAGUAGGCCAUUCAGCCCCUCAGUCCUGUUCCAUUCCACCAUUCAGUAAGAUCAUGGCUGAUCUGAUCUUGGCCUCAGAUCUACUCCCCUGCCUCUUCCCAUAACCUCACCGCACCUCAAACCCAAAGUCUAUUUGUCUCACCCUGAAGGACUCAGUAUCCAUAUCCCCCUCAAAUUAACUUCAUUAUUUUGAGUUAGCACAUGAACUGAGGUGUAGGAGACCAGAAUCCUGACAUUGGAAAGUAAAAUGGAAAGAGCUUUUCACUUCGGGGAAAGUAUAUCUUUUGGGUAAAAAAAAUCAUUCCUGAUAAGCGCUGAAAAUAAACUGGUUAUGUAAAUUUUCUUACUGGGGUAGAUGUUAUUGCUGGUAACAUUGGUAGUUUCAUUGUUCACAGAGACACUAAACCCAUUGGGAUUAACAGAAAGAUAGGCUACUGCAGAGAAACUUAUUAAGU